GGGAUGAUGGAUGGAUUUAGGGGAUUGCCCCGUCCAAAUUUCUUGCCUUUAAAAAUUGCGCGGCAUGCGCAGAAUCCAAGUUACGACUGGUUCAACAACACACCGUACUCCCACUACUUUUGCCCUCUUUGCUGGGUGCACUCAAGCAAACAAAUCUGGUCACAAACAGCGUUCCACUAGAAAUGAACCUACCACAUAGGUUAGAACGUGCUGGUUCUUCCUUGGAAUACUUGUACAAGUUACUUCAUCACGGAACGCUUUACGCACGGCUUGUUUGCCAGAGGACCCCCAAACAGUGUAGCACAGUGGUACAGUAAAUAUACGUAGAGAGCAUGUCGAGAGGAAAGACUACACAUUCUAAUUUCAGGGCACCCAAUGGAAAUGGAGACCUGGAUGAAAUUGAAGACGAGGACAAGGAAUCCCCUAUGUUAGAUGAUGGUAUGUGCUCAUCAACACUGGCGCCACUGGUGACUUUGAAAACUGAAGAUAGCCUUCCCAAUGUCAUUUCCAAGGAUAUGAAUGCACCUAUUCAGAAAAUGACAGUUGAGGAUGAAGAGGAACAAAAAGAAACUGCAGAAGCUAAUGAAGUGGCAGAAAACAAAACCAUAUUAACUGGUAUGUCCAAAUGUGACUCAGCGAGUUCUGAAAUAGAAAUUGGAUUAGAAAAAAUGUUUAAUGCUAUUGCAAACAGCAAUAGCUAUAUUAAAAGUCAGCAAAAGGAUGAGCCAGAUCUGACACACCAGCAAAAGGUAGACAUUCUCAAGGAUCUUUUUAUACACAGACCUGUCGUUUUUCUUGAACGGUUCAAGAAAGUAUUACAGGAAUCUCAUCUGAUUUGCUUUAGCCACUUAGCUGGUAACUAUGAAGUGGAUUUUUAUUGUAGUGAGAUUAGAAAGUCAUCUUUAAAGAAAGUCAGUCGCACCAGAGUCCGUAACAAGAGAUACGCUGCACUACAGAAACUCAUUAAAGAUGGAGAGUACUUCAGCGAUGAACAGAUGCGAUCACGGGACCCUCUGUCGUAUGAACAGUACAUUGGGCAGUAUCUAACAGAUGAAGAAAUCAUGUCCCAGAACAGCAGAGACAUAUCAUCAUCUUGCUCCUUGUCUGGCAUCCUUAUGAAUACCUAUCAGGAGGCGAUUGUGCAGCAGAGGAUGCAGACUCAGCAGGAGCUAGAGGAUGCCUGCAUGGAGGAGGAAGAUGAAGAUGAGGAAGAUGCUGUACCCGAUACAGAGCCAGAGGAGUGGAUCCCAAAUGAAGAAGAAAAAACAAUGUUGAGGGAGGAAUUUGUCAGUAGAAUGCAUCAGUGUUUCCUAGAUGGAAAAGACAAAAACUUUGAUUACAGUGAAAUCGAUGACAACCCUGAUUAUGAUAAUUUGGAUAUCGUGAAUCGGGAUGAAGAAGAACGUUACUUUGAUGAUGAUGGUGAAGACAAAGAAGAUUAUGAUGAUGACUGCAGUGGUUGUGCAUAUAAUGAACAUAAAGAACAUGAAUUGGGGUCUGAGACUUGAGUAGAGAUGUACUUAGCUGUUCAGAAACAAUAUUAGUCAUGAGAAAUGUGAAUUUCAUUUUUAUCAGUCUGAACUGUAGCUUCAUGACGGAAUGGCAUGACAUAGAAACUGUAUUAGUUGAAUGGUGAGCUGAUAAUAGGCAUGCUCAUGAACGAUGAUGUGUACCAAGGAAAGUGCGUGCUUGACAACUUAUUAUAGUGCCUACUAUUUACUGUUCUGCCACACUAUACCCCAUAUUUUUUAUUUCUGUUUUAUGAGUUUGGUACAGUUUCUCACUUUUAUAUUGUACUAUAAUUAUCAGAGUAAAUGUCAGUGAACAUAAUAUUUAAAAAUCCACUUCCAAAUAAAAUCUGUUAUAUGUUGA